AUUUCGGCGAAUUUUUUUAUGCUACAUAUUUGUCUCUUUAUGGCAACAAAAGUAUAACACAAAGAUGAUGUAAUAAAUAUCUUCCACUAUUAACCAAGUUGGGUUGGUCUCGUGGGUAGCUCACUGGUCCACUUAAGUAAGUGUCAGGGAUUCGAAUCCCACCUUGUGCAUGCAGCAAGCCAUUGGUGAGCGGCAAACCUCUAAAUGGAGCUCAGUCGAACUGGGAAUACGUGAUUCAUGGAAUCUAGAAUGAAUAAGCUGAAGAAAGGGUCCAUAGAAAUGGAGAAGAAAUGGCUAUACCCUUUGAUUAUGGGCUUUGCUAUGUGCAUAUUCUUUGCAGGCACUUCCUUCAAUAUGGGGCUAGUUUCUUCUAUUCAUAAUAACCUCAAUUCAAUAUUCUUCUUUCUUCCUUCUCAUGGAGCUGUAAACAGAACAACUCCAACUUUUGUGGAGAAAAAGAUUUCCCCGGCUCCAGCUCCUUCUGCGUCGGCGACAACGAUUCCCAGGAUGGCUUAUUUGAUUUCUGGAUCAAAGGGUGAUUUGGAUAAGCUAUGGAGAACCCUCUUUGCUCUUUAUCAUCCAUUGAACCAAUAUGUUCUUCACUUGGACCUCGAGUCGCCCCUUGAGGAGAGGCUGGAGCUUUCUUGGAGGGUUGAGAAUCAACCUAUAUUCAAAGAGGUUGAAAACGUUUUUGUGAUUCCGAAAGCUAACAUGGUCACAUAUAGAGGACCAACUAUGGUUGCUAAUACACUUCAUGCUUGUGCUAUUCUACUCAAGAGAAGUAAAGAUUGGGAUUGGUUCAUAAACCUCAGUGCUUCGGACUAUCCUCUUGUGACACAGGAUGACCUUUUAUAUAUUUUUCGAGAUUUGGAUAGAAAGGUUAACUUCAUUGAGCACACAAGCCAUUUAGGAUGGAAGGCGGACAAAAGAGCGAUGCCUUUAAUAGUUGAUCCAGGGCUUUACAUGUCUACCAAGAAAGAUUUAUUUUGGGCCGGUCCUAAGAGGACUUUGCCAACAGCAUUUAAACUUUUUACUGGUUCGGCAUGGAUGGUUUUAUCACGUGCAUUCGUAGAAUAUGUUGUCUGGGGUUGGGACAAUCUUCCAAGGACCCUUCUCAUGUACUAUGCCAAUUUUGUCUCCUCUCCUGAAGGCUACUUUCAAACUGUUAUAUGCAAUAAUCCAGAACUAGCAAAAACGAUCGUUAACAGCGACUUGCAUUAUAUUUCCUGGGACAUCCCUCCCAAACAGCACCCUCAUGUUCUUUCCAUCAACGACACGGAGAAAAUGAUAGCAAGCAAUGCUGCAUUUGCCAGGAAAUUUAGGCAAGAUGAUCCAGUCUUGGAUGUGAUUGAUAAGAAGCUACUGCACAGGAGAAAGGGACUAUUCACACUUGGUGGUUGGUGUUCUGGCAAGCCCAAAUGCACCAAGGUUGGGAACAAGUACAGGAUCCUACCUGGUAAGGGAUCUCAUAGGCUGCGCCGCCUUAUAAAUAGGGAAACUUUGGUGGCUAGAUUUGGUCAGAAUCAGUGUACAUAAAAAUUCUGUUGGUAAUAUUCAUGGAUGGAUUGGGGACGAGAGAUGAGUCAGAUACGUAGUUCUUUUUAUGACAGGUAUGUGAUUGAGGCAGCAUUUGGUAGUUAGGAUACUGGAGUGUCUCAGUCUUUUAUUCUUCGGAAUGGCAAAAUAUAGAAAAUUUUCUUCUUGGGACAGACUAUCCUUUAUAUCUGUCUUCAGUUUCGAACAUAUUCUUGUACAUCUUUGUCUCUAUAUUUGGUCCUGUCUUAACUUCCCAACACAAUCUAAGAUAUUCAGAACCUCACUCGACGGGAUAUCAAUGCCGGAUAUGAUCUUAGCCAUAGUUGCCAUUUGACACCAUAUUAGAAUCAAAGAUGGCAUGGGGGAUUAUCUUUCAAUUUUGUAGCAUCUGGACUUCAAAUAAAAUAGAUUAUGAUUUUCUGUUUCUUUAGUUCAUGUUUCCUUCAUAUAUAAAUACAA